UCGUAAGGCCGCUGUGGUUAAUGUCUCGGUAAAGUUGAGACUUUAAGGUAGAAGAGACACCAGGUUUUGGUUGUGGGGGAGUUGGGAUCAUAUUAACUGCCGUUAAAACGACCGGUUCGUGGUAGGGAUGAGUUUAGAUCCAGUUGAAGAAAUCCGUGUCAGUGACUGCGGUGUGUGAGUUUAAAACGUUACAUUAAACCUCUGUCUGUGGCAACACCGUCCGCUCCGGAACUGUUCAUCCUGGUUAAGGUUAUCCUCAAGGCUAACCUGUGGCUAACGCUAGCACCCGGAGAAGGAACUGAUGACAGUGCUCUCUCCAUGGUCCAAACAUCAUGCUUCCCCAGGCAGGUAAAGAGUUCCUCGUUCGGAUACAGUUCUUCUGGCGGCCACUUUUCCAGGGCCGGUACCUGCUGCUCACCAACACCGUGAGUGGAGGAAGCAUGCUGGCGCUGGGAGACUGCCUGCAGCAGAGCCGGGAGAUCCGCAAAGAGCCAGGCAGGGUCAGAGACUGGAGCAGGACAGGUUCCAUGUUUGUGGUGGGCUGCUCCAUGGGUCCACUGCUGCACUACUGGUACUCCUGGCUGGACAGAGUCUACGUGGGCAGGGCCAUGCACACGGUCGGCAAAAAGGUUCUGGUGGACCAGCUGAUCGCCUCACCAACAAUUGGGUUGUGGUACUUUUUAGGUAUGAGCCUCACUGAGGGACAUACUUUAUCCGAAGGAUUGGAGGAGUUCAGAGAGAAGUUCUGGGAAUUUUAUAAGAUGGACUGGUGUGUUUGGCCUCCCGCCCAGAUGGUCAACUUCUAUUUCCUCUCGCCCAAAUUCCGCGUCCUGUACAUCAACGUGGUCACUUUAGGGUGGGACACCUACCUCUCCUACCUCAAACACAGAGAUGUUGAUGACAGACAACAUGCUCACCUGACGUCAGACAGCGAUGUUGUUGAUCUACAGCAGGAAGCGUCCAAACCUCUGGAGGAGAAAACUUAGAGACGGAGUUCACGCUCAGCUGUGAGGUCAUUCUUCGAAGGCAAAAGAGGAUUUUUCUUUUUUUAUCUGAUAAAACUUCCUUUCCUCCUUUUGCAAAUAGAGCCAUGUGUGCAUCACACACGUGUUAUUCUGAUGGCCUUCUUUCCUCCAACAAACCAACAAAUCACUCCUCAAGUUUAAAUCGACCAUUUGUUCGCCUGGACUCGGAGGAGAUGUGGGAGCUGAAGUGUUGGAACAUUCUCUCCUUCGUGUCAGUUUUUAUGUGUGUCUGUCCAGUUUGUUUGUUAAUGUCCUAAUGACGUGCACUCCUACAGGAGCAUUCAGGGAUGAGAAGCUGUUUGACUGCCCUAAGCGCUUGAAUCCAAUUUCCAGUUAUUAUGAGUGGUUGUAGUGGGAAGCUCAUAAACGGUAACAGGCAAUUCAUUUCCAAACCUUUUAAACUAGUAUCAACUUUUUUGUUUUGUGUUUUGUGUGUUGUUGCACACAAAGCUUUAAAGUGCCCAAAAACUGAGUGGCAAUUCCUUUCAUUUCUGUGCGUUUUUUUAUGUUUUUGAUUUGACAUGGAAUAGUAAUAAUUAUUUAUGUGAAACAGUGAAUGACUUGAAGGUGACAUGCUGUACUUUAUAUCUCCAUCAGCUGAUUUAUAAAUGAAGAACUUCUAAGUUUUGGCAGGUUAGAGGAUAAAUCCGUUUAUGUAAUGAUGGAAUAACUCUUUAUAUACGCUCACCCAGCACUUUAUUAGGAACACCAAACGAACACGAGGCAGAGCCUCUCAAAGUCUUUGGUCUCAAAACGGCUUCAGUUCUCCAUAGAUUUCACAAGAAUCAAGUCGUCUCAGGUCAGUAUUUCCCCGUGUGUACAGUGGAUGGCAGUAAUUAACUCUGAAUUAUCGAUUCAGUGGAGAUGUGAGUAUGGUGCAUUUUUGACUCGUACAGCAAAUUAGUGCUGGUCAAGGAACCAACCCACUAUGUUUUCUCACUGCUCUUUACAACUUUUGGAAUUGCAGUUUUUUUAAAUGAAAGGAAAUGUAACAGUGAGUCAGCUGUUUCAUUUGACUGUAUUUUUCACUCACGUUGGCUAGUAAGCCAGGAGGCCGCUGACAGUAUAGUGACUGAAAUAUAUUUUUUUAUAAGUUACAUUAACCAAAGUGAAAACUUACAAGCUAGUUGUUUGCUUGGAAUUCAUUUUUCGUUCUGUUUAGAACAUGGAGGCUGCACUGUCUUAUUUGGCAGGUGCUUAUACUAAUUUAUAUGAUAAUAUAAGAAUAUGAUAAUCAUAUCAUAAUGGCGAACGAUGAGUGGAGGCGAUUUUUUUGUUGACUGUGGGCCGGCACAUCACAUUUCAGAGUCUGUUCUGUCCGUUAACCCAUCAUAAAAUCGACAGUAUGUGCUGUUAGAUCCCCGAAGUUUUCCCCCGUACAGGAGGUACUGGAUCAGCUCUCUGUUUAAAGUGUCAGAUCCCAACACCUAUCAAGUAUUACUCAGAAAUAGGAUUUCCUUAAGGAUUUUUUAAGCUCCUAACUGCCUACAUCCGGACAUCUAUCCUGCUUCUUCUGGUUGAGCAACAGACUGAAUCUUAUACUAAUACCGGCCGUGUCCGUUAACGGCAGCUCUCCUCUUAAUGAUCUUGGCACUUUGUAUAGUCCUAGGAUUGAUCCGUCUGACCUGAAAACUGCACUUCAUUCCUGCAGUUUGACGGUAAAACUUUCCACACAACUCAUAAAACCCAGAUCUCAGAGCGACUGGGUUUUCCCCCUUGGGACGAUGAACAUUUUCCACACGUUCUUUGUUGUGAUACACACAUUUAUAGGCACAAACAUAACUUUUCACAAUGGUCUCCUGAAAAACUCUCCUUAAUUUUUUGGCGCCUGCCCCCUGCCUGUGUACGCACGUAUCAUCAGUGAUGAUGUCGCUCGGAAACCCAUCUAUACAUAUAUAUAGACCAAGAGUGGCUCAUAGUGAGUGAUCAUAUGCUGGAUAGUGUGUACUGUACAUGCCGUUAGUUUUUCUUCUCACCAUUCAUAGUAAAAUCUAGAGACUGUUGUGCAUGAAAAUCUGAGAUCAGAAGAUUAAGAAAUACUCAAACCAGCUUUUCUUGCGCCAACAAACGGACCAAAUCAUGUCAACGUCACUGAGAUGACAUUUUUUCCCUUUACUGUGAUGUUUGAUGUGAACAUUAACUGAGUCUCCUGACCUGUAGCUGCACCGCUGCCACGUGAUUGGCUGAUUGAAUUAUUUCAUGAAUAAUAUGCAGGGGUGUAAAUGUUCCUGAUAAUGUGCUAAGUGGUUUGUGUAUUAUAUUUUUUUGUUAUCAUCUAUGCUGCUGCUGUUUUCACAGAUGCACUGUGAACUUGACCUGCCUAUUGCUUCCUGUGUCAUGAGCGUACUAAUUUAGAUUUUUAGAAACAAUGUAAACUGUUUCAGAAAAGGAAGAAAAUCAAGAAGUGACAUGACAUUUGCCAAAUAAUAAUAUGAAAUAAAUUUAACAAAUUCUG